AUGUUCUAUCCAUUGAUAAAACACCUGCUGGGGCCACAGCAACAGGCAUUUAAGGAUCUUCAGGGGCUGUAAGACUUCAUAGCCAAGAAGGUGGAGCAGAACCAACGCACGCUGGACUUCAUCGACUCUUUUCUCAUCCACAUGCAGGAGGAGCAGAAGAACUCCAAUAUAGAGUUCUACAUGAAGAACCUGGUAUUGACCACGCUGAACCUCUUCUUUGAGGGCACCGAGAUGGUCAGUAUGACCCUGCGUUAUGGCUUCCUGAUUCUCAUGAAGUACCCAGAUGUGGAGGCCAAGAUCCAUGAAGAGAUUGAUCGGGUAAUUCACAAGAACCAUCAGCCCAAGUUCGAGGACCAAGCCAAGAUGCCCUACACAGAGUCAGUGAUCCAUGAGAUCCAAAGAUUCGGAGACAUGAUCCCCUUGGGCUUGAACCACAGAGUCACCAAGGACACCAAGUUUCAGGACUUUUUCCUCCCCAAGGGCACUGAAGUGUAUCCUGUUCUGGGUUCUGUGCUGAAAGACCCCAAGUUCUUCUCCAAACCCCAAGAUUUCAACCACCAGCACUUCCUGGAUGAGAAGGAGCAAUUUAAGAAAAAUGAUGCUUUUGUGCCCUUCUCCAUCAGUAAGAGGAGGCGCUGUCUCUGCGUGGGGGAGUUUGGGGGGGCCAGGAUGGAUCUGUUCUUGUUUUUCCAAGCAGGAGGCGGGCCCAUAGUAACUUAG